AUGUUUUUAAAAAAUCUAUUUACUCUUUGGCAUUUUGCCAUAUUUAUUGCCAUUUUGAUAAAUCAGUCUCUUGGAUCUGAAGAUUUGAUUAAACGAGACGUGUCUCUGGACAGAAAUAAUGUACCAAAGAAUAUACUCGUUACUUCCAUGGUCGGAAGAUCGAGGAUACAACGAAAUUAUACAGCGCAAUCCAUUUAUUAUCGUUCAAUUCCACAAGUUAUUUUCGAGAACGAUUAUAUUGGUCUCGACAGUAAAUCUUCUGAAGUAAAUAAAGCUUUCCUUGAAGAUGGUUAUGAAAAAUUAUUGGCCAAAGUCAGAAAAAUCUCUGUUCAAUCCUACGUGCCUUUUUAUAAUAUCUAUACAAAAGUUGCCGAAGAAAUCAACGCUGAUUUAUUUUUUUGCGACAUCUUAAUGAACUACCCGUGUUUUGAUCUCGCUUGGAAAUUAGGAAAGCCUGCUGUAGGAAUUGACUGUGGUUUUAGUUUAAUUAAACCUCCUCCAUCAUAUAUGUCGGAUCCUAUACAUGGAUGUCAUGCAAAUAUGGAAAAUGAAUCUUUCUAUAACAGAUUUAGAUGCGAGAUCCUAGUACCUUUGAAAUUGACCUGGAAAGUGAGGAGUACUAUAAAGGGUCUUAAUGCUCAAAGAGCAAUUGUAGAUGUAGAACCACAUGAUAACAUGUUUGGACGUACAUCAAAUACUUUAAUGUUAUCCAAUAGUUUCUAUGGGUUUGAGAUACCGCAUGCUAAUUCACCACUCUAUCAAGAAAUUGGACCUGUUCUACCUGACACCUUUCCAAGUUUAACACCAACUCUCGAAUCAUUUCUUACUAAUCAUCCUCGAACAAUAUAUUUUGCUCUUGGGACUAUUGUGUUCAUAUCUCCUCAAAACGUUAUCACUCUUUUAAAAUCUUUUCUUGAAUUAAUCAAUCAAGACGUUAUCGAUGGUGUUAUAUGGUCUACUGUAAGAACGGAUACCUCAGAUUCUCUUCAAUUGGCUAAUUCUAGCGCCCAGAUAUCUUCUAUAUUAAAUAAUAAUCAUCCUCAUAUUCAUGUCUCUAAAUACUCUCCUCAAUACGCUAUCUUAUCUCAUGAAAAUACCAGAGUAUUUUUAAGUCAUGGUGGUGCGUCUAGUAGUCAUGAAUCUAUGUAUACUGCAACUCCAAUGCUCGUGCUUCCUAUAAUGGGUGAUCAACCUUCGAAUGCUGAAAAGUUAGAGUUGGCUGGUAUGGCUUUGAGAAUUUCAAAGUGGGAUUUAAAUGUCAAUGAUAUAGUAUCAAAAGUUAAGAGAUUAUUAAAUGAAGAAAGCUUUAAAAAGAAUGCAGAAAGAUUACAAUUUUUGGCUAAAGUUAAUAGUAAAAGAAAGUAUAGAGCAGCUGAUUUAAUUGAAAUAGUGUUGAAUACGGUAAAGUAUGAAGGAGUUGAAGAUGAAAAUGGUAGAUUUAAAAUCAAUAAUGAAAAUUUAUUGAGAGAUUGGAUUACACCUGAUUUGAGAAUGGGUUUUAUUAGGGGAAAGUAUUUAGACGUUUAUGCUGUUGCUAUUAUUCUGUUUUUAGUGUUAUGUGGAGUUUUUGGUUAUGCUUUGUGGAAAAUUGCUAGAUACACUUAUAUUAGAUUUAGUGAAAAUAGGAUUUCUCAAAAACAUUUAAAGCGUAAAGGAGAGUAG